AACGCCUAAUAUCUUCACCCUCCACCUUUCUUCACACCGUUGCCAAAAGCACCACAACCAUCACCAUGGGAAACGGAGCCAAAGCCCAGAUGAAGCGCGAGCGCAACGCCAAGGACGCUGGCAAGGGUGGCAAGUCGCAGUUGAAGGCCAACGAAGCCGCCAAAGACAUCAUCUGCCAGAUCUGCCGAUCGACCUUCCUCAAGACGGCCAAGGCCCCCGCCCUCACCGAGCACGCUCAGAACAAGCACAACAAGACCCUCCAGGAGUGCUUCCCUUCCUUCGCCUAGAUUUUCGGAGACACGAGCGAUGGGUGAUCGGUGGGAUCAGCGGGGUUCGUGCUUGUGAUGGGGACACUACGUGCAUCUGUGCUGGGGAGUUUUUGAGCGACUGUUCUUGAAGUGCAUAUUUCUUGGAGAUGGAGAUGGGGGAGAAUUGAUACCUUUUGAUUUUCUGUGCGACUACUGGUUUUCAUGGAGGAGCACGGCUGCGACUCAGUAGUUUGGGCGUUGUAGGCAGCGGUCACCAACUCGUGGUUCAUGUCGGCUGUUACCGUCUCUCGGACGAGCGAGGAGAUCUUCAUCUAGAAUUGGACGAACUUCACUCUCUAUAGUGUCGAGUAUUGUUUCUUGCAGGAAGGCGGAGCAUAUCGCGGUGACCUUCUUCGUCCAAGCGAUUGUCUA